AUGGCGCAACCACCAUCAGCGUGGUCAAACUUUUUGAACACGCUCCAACUCCGUCGUGACCACCACGUCCUCCCAGCAGGCAUCUCAUGGCGAUCCAGCAAUUUCUUCAUCGUCUCGACCAUCGGCGUGGGAAUGUUCACCGAUAUCUUUCUAUAUUGUCUAAUCGUGCCGACACUACCAUUCAUGCUCACGGAUCGUUUGAACGUCCCGGAGAAACAAGUACAGAGCUACGUCUCAAUGUUACUGGCCAUUUUUGCAGGCACCUCGGUGGUCUGUGGACCUUUCGUGGGAUAUCUUUCAGAUCGACUUCAUUCGCGGCAGGGAAUGUUUCUCGUAGGCUUGAUCAUGAUGAUUGCGGCUACGACAGUGCUCUUCUUUGCGCAGUCGAUCCCGGUUCUGAUUGUGGCGAGGGCGUUUCAAGGUCUCAGUGGAGCGUUUGUCUGGACGAUUGGUUUGGCGUUGUGUGUGGAGACCGUGGGGUCUGAGAAACUGGGCACGACGCUCGGCACGAUCUUCAGCUUCAUAGCCGUGGCAAAUUUCAGCGCGCCGAUUAUUGGAGGAUUUCUCUACGAAAAGACUGGCACAAUUGGUGUCUUUGUGCUCGCUAUUUCAUUGCUGACGAUCGAUCUGGGCAUGCGACUACUCGUCAUUGAAAAGCGAAUCGCGGAGGAAUACUACGCCGCACUGCCUAGCUCAUCCGAAGAUGGUGAAUCGACGUCAGACGAAACUGAUGCCAACGACAAUGAAGAGACUCCCACCGAAACCCAACCCCUCCUCGCCGGCAUCCGCGAACCUGACGAAUACUACAUCCUACGCCCCGUCUCCUCCAAAUUCCUCACCAAUUUUCCCAUCCUCCGCUGUCUCGCCGACCCUCGCCUCCUGACCGCUCUCUUCGUAACCCUCAUUCAAGCGCUGCUCUUCGGCGCCUUCGACGCCACCAUUCCCAUCAUCGGCAAAUCCUACUUCGGCUUCGAUAGCCUCAAAGCCGGCCUUCUCUUCGUCCCCUUGGGAUCUAUCGAACUCAUCGCAGGUCCCCUCUUCGGCUGGUGCGUCGACCACUACGGCGCAAAACCCGUCAGCGUCAUAGGAAACAUCUUCCUCAUCCCCGUCUUCUUCUGCUUACGCUUUCCACAUGCCGGAGGAACCGACCAAGUCGUCUUGUACGCCUUGCUCCUCGCCCUCGGCGGUGCAGGUCUCUCCGCCGUGGGGUCCCCGUGUAUUGUCGAAGCUGGAUUGGUCGUCGAUCGCUUUUACGAGGUCAACAAGGAUGUCUUUGGCUCGCGCAGCCCGUACGCCCAGCUUUAUGGAAUGACCAAUGUGGUCUUCUCGUUGGGACUGACCAUCGGUCCAGAACUUGCGGGAGAGCUCAAGCAAAUAAUUGGAUAUGGGAAUAUGAACGCGCUUCUGGCGGGCAUUUGUGCCAUCGCGGGCGUUUUGUCGUAUCUUUACAUGGGUGGCAGACCGCAAGCUUUUGCCCGGACGAAGGAGGUUGAGGAUGAUGUUUGA